GCGGGAGGGGCGGCGGCGGCGGCCGGAGGGACGUCAGGAGGCUAGCGGAGCCGCCAUGGCCGAGUUCCCGUCGAAAGUGAGCACGCGGACCAGCAGCCCCGCGCAGGGCGCCGGCACCUCGGUCUCCGCGCUGCGCCCGGACCUGGGCUUCGUGCGCUCCAGCCUCGGUGCGCUCAUGCUGCUGCAGCUGGUGCUGGGGCUGCUGGUGUGGGCCCUGAUUGCCGAUACCCCGUACCACCUGUACCCAGCCUACGGCUGGGUCAUGUUCGUUGCUGUCUUCCUCUGGCUGGUGACAAUUGUCUUCUUCAUCCUCUACCUGUUUCAGCUGCACAUGAAGUUGUACAUGGUGCCCUGGCCGCUGGUGUUAAUGAUAUUUAACGUGGGCGCCACCGUUCUCUACAUCACGGCCUUCAUCACCUGCUCUGCCGCCGUCGAGCUGACGUCCCUGAAGGGCACCCGGCCGUAUAACCAGCGUGCGGCUGCCUCUUUCUUUGCAUGUUUAGUGAUGAUUGCCUACGGAGUGAGCGCUUUCUUCAGCUUCCAGGCCUGGCGGGGCGUGGGCAGCAACGCAGCCACCAGUCAGAUGGCUGGCGGCUAUGCCUAG